AUGACGAACGAAGGAGACGGAAGCGGCGCUAGCAACACCCCCAACGUUCAGGUGGGAAAGAAGAACAAGAAAGGGAAGAAGCAGCAGCAGAAGGGGAAUGAACCCAAUCUGCCUGUUCUGCCCGAUCUUCCACCCACUAAUCCUCCACCAACUGGACUUCCACCAGGCAGUCUUCCACCAGACGGUCAGCCAUCAGGCAGUCUGCCACCAGGCGGACAACCAUCAGGCAGUCUGCCACCAGGCGGUCUUCCAACAGGUGAGUUACCAUCAAAUGUUCCUCCACCAAGUGAUGGACAAACAUCUUUCCAGCAUAAUAUUGUUGAUGAAAGUGACGGGGACGACAGCGAAGAAAUUAUCAACGUCACUGUGGGACAUGAAUGGCUUGCCAGCGUUGAAAGGGCAAGGCUAGCUGUUGAGAUUUUAGGCCAGCGCUUUAACGGGUUGGACAGUGAUGUCAAAGACCUUAAGGAGCACUCCCUUGAGGAAGUUGAUGCCAUUCGGAAGGAGUUGGAUCUACGCAAGCGGUCUGAAUUAGUGAUGAAGGAAACCAUUACUUCCUUGGAGUUCAGGUUCUUGGACGCCCUUACGACGAUCCAGACGCUGAAGAACAAGGUUGAGGCCCUCGAAGAAGAGAGGGAGGUUGGAGCAACAACAUCACUUGGCCAGGAAAGGGAGUCCAGAGUCGAGGUUCCCAAGCCACCAACAUUCAAGGGUGUCCAUGACGCCCUAGAGGUAGGAAAUUUCUUAUGGCACUUGGAAAAUUAUUUCAGGUGUAAUCGGGUCAGGAUCGAUGCAAACAAGAUCAACACUGCCAUGUUGUAUCUUUCCGACGUAGCCAUGUUAUGGUGGAAACGCAAAGAUGCCGAGAUUAAGAGGGGCACACGCACCAUCGACACAUGGGAACAAUUCCUUGAGGAAUUCAAGAAAGCUUUCUUCCCCAACAAUGUUGUUUAUGAGAUGAAGCACAAACUCUGGGAGUUGAAGCAGACGCGAAGCAUUAGGGCAUAUGUGAAAGAGUUCACAUUUUUGACCCUCCAAAUUCCCCAACUAACGGAAGAGGACAUGCUGUUCACCUUCAUGGACGGGCUAAAGAAUUGGGCGAGGACCGAGUUAGAGCGGCGUCAAGUAAAAACCAUUGAUGAGGCCAUCACUCAAGCCGAAACCUUGACAGAUUUCAAACAUGAUCGUUUGGACAAGGCGAAGGGCAAGGAGGCAAGGGGCAGUCAAGCUAAAGGCGGGGGAGACCGUGGCCGAGGCAGAGAACAGUCGACACAACCCAAGCAGCGAGACACGCCCAAGCCCGAUGGUAGACGGUUUGAGCGCCAGAAAUACUCAGAGAAGCGGACGCAGUCCAGCAGAGGAGACGGGUGCUACAUAUGCGACGAACCUCACGGUUAUGCCAGGUGCCCAGAGAUGAAGAGCCUUAGUGCCAUCGUUCGUGAGCGGAAGGAAAAGGAGGCACAAGACAAGGCGAAAUCGGCAGACACCACUCAGUUGGGAAUGGUUGGAAUCUGUGGAGCCAUAGACAAACAGGCCGACAACCUGAGGGAUUUCAGUACACAAUAUGUGGAUAUCUCCAUCAAUGGGCAACCUGUUCGGGCCAUGGUAGAUUCCGGGGCUGAAGCUAACAUCAUGACCAAGACGGCGGCAGAAAAAUUGGGACUGAAAAUUGUUCCAAGCAAUAAUUGCCUCAAGACGAUCAACGCCCCACCAACUCCCGUGUGUGGAAUUGCUCAUGGGGUCAGCAUCACUUUAGGACGGUGGAGAGAUAAGACAAACUUUACCGUAGCUCCCUUGGACAUAUCCGAUGUUAUUCUUGGGCAGGAAUUCUUUCAACAUUGUCACACGAUGAUUGAUCCCUACCUUCAACAACUCAUGGUGAUGGAGGGGGAAGGGUCUUUUAUGGUGCCACUUGUUAGGGUGCCAAAGAAAGACGGAUAUUCCCAACUGUCGACCAUGCAGAUUGUGAAGGGCCUGAAGAAAGGAGCACCAACCUUCUUAGCCACCAUCGCAAGUUCGGGUGAAGACCAUGGUGCUAUGCAGCCACUGCCUCCUAUCAUAGAGUCUGUUUUGCAGGAAAACAGUGAUGUGAUACCGAAGGAGCUGCCGAAGACACUACCUCCAAGGCGCGAGGUAGAACACAUGAUCGAGUUGGAGGCGGGAGCCAAGCCACCUGCGCUUGCACCUUAUCGCAUGGCUCCGCUUGAGUUAGAAGAACAGAGGAGGCAGUUGAAGGAACUCCUCGAAGCAGGUCAUAUUCGUCCAUCCAAGGCACCCUAUGGAGCACCAGUGCUGUUUCAGAAGAAGAAAGACGGGUCGAUGCGUCUAUGCAUUGACUACAGGGCACUCAACAAGAUCACAAUUCGGAACAAGUACCCAAUCCCGCUGAUCGCAGAUUUGUUUGAUCGUCUUGGAGAGGCCAAGUACUUCACCAAAAUGGAUCUCCGUAAAGGCUACUAUCAAGAUCAUGUAAAGAACUUGAAGAAGGUCUUCAAAGUCUUGCGGGAGAAUCAGCUUUAUGUUAAGCGGGAGAAGUGCAAGUUCGCCCAACCAAAGAUACAUUUCUUGGGCCAUGUGAUCAGCCAAGGUGAGCUUCGUAUGGACGAGGCAAAGAAGAACAGGCCUUGGCUGUGGAGCGAGGAGUGCGAGGAAGCGUUUGAAGGUCUUAAGGCUGUGGUUACUGAAGAAUCAGUCUUGAUGCUGCCUGACUUCACCAAGACCUUUGAGAUCCAUACGGAUGCUUCUAAUUUUGCCAUUGGGGGAGUCUUGAUGCAGGAGAAGCACCCCAUAGCUUUUGAAAGCUGGAAGCUGAAUGAAGCGGAACGACGGUAA